GCGCUUCCUAUAUUUAAAGCAAUGAGUCUGUUAAAAAAGAAAUGACCAAAUGACCAAAUGACCAGAAGCCCAAGCCUCAAGCAUCAACGGUGAACGACAAUGACCAAGUUUAAACUCAAACGUUUGCAACGAAGCGUUCAAGAAGAAACUACCGCAUUAUCAACAAUCAGUCAAUCUGGACCAGAUGAGUUUAAGGAUAUUUCAAAAUCGAAAGGGUUAGACAGAAAAAAUAAACGAAGACCCUCCUCGUUUUUUAACAAAGAUCAUUGGGAUAGUGAAUGUGAAACUUAUCCUACCUUCAAACAAAGAUUAGAACGCCUCAUUAAGACUAAUGCCUGUAAGAAAUGUCUCAAAGCGGGGCACGCAGAAGCCGAUUGCAAAAAAUCGAUGAAAUAUUUUUAUUGUAGAAGGUCACACAAACCGCCCUCUGCGACAAUAGACGGCAACAAUUCAAGCAAACCGGACAUAUACUCAUCCAAGAAAGAGAAAUCAAAUCGGAUAAUGGGACAGUUACGACAAACACGAUCACCGAAAGUUUUACUUCUAUGUAAAGUGGUUACUGUAUACAAUGCGGAAAGGACUGAAUAUAACGAAGCUCUAGUAUUAUUUGAUAGUUCACAAUUAAGCUUCGUUUCUAAAAAAUUAGCAAAUCGUUUAAAACUUGAGGAAAUGGAAUUGAAGGAAUUAAAGGCGUCAGAUAUCACACGGUACUCCUUACAAUGA